CUACUUUUUCUUGAAUUGAGUGUUUUUUCUGCGAUUACCUUUAUAAUAGUUAUACAAGCCAUGGUGGGAUACUGUAGCAGGUAGAGGCAUAAGAACAAGAUGGAGCAUUUCACAUUAUGCCUGUGUGUGGUAGCUCUGUCUUUUUCACUGUCAUGCGGAUAUGAAAUGAAAACACUUCUUCGUUUUGCUAUUUACUUUGAUAAUGACAAUGAAGGUGCUUCAACUCAUAUUAAAGACACUCUGACCAAAUAUGUUCAUGAUUAUGGACUUGGUGAAUCCCAUGUAUUUGAAGUGGAAAAAUACAAACAAGAAAAUACUCCAAGCUUUGCAGAUAUCCUGGAAAGCCAGUCAUUUUCAGCUGUUAUAUUAGCCAGCAGAAGAAUAGACUGUAAUGCGUUAUCGCCAUAUUUUCAUCUCAUUCCAUUCUUUCAAGUUACCGGGUCAAGUAGAAGUUGUGACCAGGACUUGACCUAUAACAGAAUAUAUUACUUGAUGCCGUCAGACUCUGGACUAAUGGCAACUUUCUUCAAAGCAGUGAAACAAUACGAAUGGGAAUCUGCUGCUGUGUUAUACGACAAAAACGAUGAGGUUCAGUUUACGUUUCAAGACAUACAAGAGGCACGAACUCAUGGUUUAGAUGUCGUCGCUUUCGAGGAAGAAAGGACGGAGGAAAGCACCAAGAACAAGCUUAUACAAGCCAGGAGAAAAGGAAUACGGACAUACGUAUUGGUGAGUUCAUAUACACGGCUGAUACGAAUCAUGUCGGUUGCGAGAAGGAUCCGACUUUCUACUGAAAACUAUCAUUGGUUCAUUCCUAACGUUCUUCUUAAUCCUCAAGUUCUGCACGAUUUUCUCAACGAUGGGGUGCGAAUCACCUUCCUUCACAGCCCCCUAGUUACGCCUCUCACUUUGGCAGUUAUACAGGACAAUCCAGAGUUGCAGAACGAUGGAGACAAGUUGUUUUUAAGGAUCAUAGAGUUGCUGGUGCGCACUGCUGCUGGUUCAGUGCUGGAAAUGUGUAAGAAGUUUAAAACUUUGAAUCCAACAUCACCAUUGGAGCAAGUAACUGACCACCAUGGAAAUCAGAUGGAAUUCUGUGGCUUUAACAUAAGUCAAAGUUUGUAUCAUUCGUUGAACAACGUUUCAUACGCUGCGUUGCUUGAAUUGCUUACAAUUCCUAACGCUGAUCAAGUAAUUCAAGUUUAUACAACACAAGCUUCACAUGGUGGUCACAUGACGACUACACCCCCAUCAGGCCACGGUCACAUGACGACUACAACUCCAUCAGGCCACGGUCACAUGACGACUACAACCCCAUCAGGCCACGGUCACAUGACGACUACAACCCCAUUAGGCCACGGUCACAUGACGACUACAACCCCAUCAGGCCACGGUCACAUGACGACUACAACCCCAUCAGGCCACGGUCAUAUGACGACUACAACCCCAUCAGGCCACGGUCACAUGACGACUACAACCCCAUCAGGCCACGGUCACAUGACGACUACAACCCCAUCAGGCCACGGUCAUAUGACGACUACAACCCCAUCAGGCCACGGUCAUAUGACGACUACAACCCCAUCAGGCCACGGUCAUAUGACGACUACAACCCCAUCAGGUCACGGUCACAUGACGACUACAACCCCAUCAGGCCACGGUCACAUGACGACUACAACCCCAUCAGGCCACGGUCACAUGACGACUACAACUCCAUCAAGCCACGGUCACAUGACAGCAGCCACACCAGCCAGUGGCCAUGGAUCUCAUGAAACUACGGACCAGACUUCCAAAGACGCUGCCUGUUUAAUCUCCACCAUUCCCCCCAACACAGUCAACCCACCAUUUGAGGCCAAGCCAACAACAACACCCGCAGCACCCCAAGACACCCACAGUGGGGGACACUCUGCCCAUCAUUCCUCAGAUUUUGAAAUCGUCACAAGUUUUGAUCCUUGUCCAUUUUUGUCCCGGUUUGUGUGGGGUUACAACCAUUCUAUUAAUGAUGAUCUGGUUAAGAACUUCGACAUAGCAGAUUCAAACUCAAUAUACACAAUCGAGCACGUGCAUGGAGCCAGCCAUGGAGCAGGGCCAGUUCAUCAGUUACUUGCAGUUGGUGGUUGGAAUGGAGCCAGGAGUUACAUUGGUGUCACUUACCCAAAGUUUGCAGUGGAAGCUGUCAAUUUGCCAAAGAGAGAUUUAGUUCUUGGGGUAGUUUGGAAUCCACCCUGGCUGUCCUGGGAAGUUGAAGAUGGUUUACCAGUGCCUGGAUCUUACAAAGGGUACCUCUAUGAUGUCAUAACCAAGCUUUCUGACCUCAUGGGUUUCACCUUUGUGAUUCAUAAUGACACAGCUGUCAAGUUUGGAAAAGGCUUCAACGGCACAGAUGAAGUCUUGGAAAAUGAAAUGAAUAUACUGUUUGAAGAUGAUGUAUGUGAUAUCUUCCUCUAUGACAUGUCAAUCCACGGUGGGCGACUUCUUCGAUCCGACACCGUAUCUAUUACAUCAUCAUUCAUGACAUCACGGCUUUACUUUCUCACACAAAGGGUUGAGAAGAACCAUGCAGUUAGUAUCUGGCAAUUUCUUGCUCCAUUUCAAGAUAUUAGUUGGGUUGUGCUGUGGACGUCACUUGUUGCUGUAUGCCUUCUGAUGACUUACAUCAACAAAAGGAAUCCGUAUGAGUUUAAACGAGCUGCACGAGAUCUUCCUGUUGGUUCAAAACAUUCUGAUCACCUUGGAUUCCUCCACAGUAUGUGGUUCAACUUUGCAUCACUAGUGGAACAAUCAUCACAACUUCUGCCCAAGUCUGCUUCACUGAAGUUGCUUGCUGGAACUUGGUGGUUUUAUGUCAUGCUGGUUGUAGCUGCUUACACUGCAAACAUGAUAUCCUUUAUGACUCAAGUAAACUCUGGUGGGAUCACCACACUCACUCAGCUUGCCAGUCAGUCUGAAGUCAAAUAUGGAUUCGUAGACGGGAACCCAAUGCUGACCAAGUUUCUACCAAGAGCAAAAGAAAGUCCAUACAGCUUAAUGUGGGAUUACGUUAAGAAGAACCCAGACACAAGUGUGUUGGAUAAUCUGGAGACCGGACUCAGUAAAGUAAGAAUGGGAGAUUACAUUCUGAUCGCUUCGUACAAGGAUGUCGUCAAUUCUAUUGCUGAGAGUUGUGUGUUUGAUAAAGUUGGAACUGGUUUUUACCCGAUACAGAGUGGAUUACCAGUUAGACGUGGAAUGAUAUUUCUACCAGCAUUCAAUGAUCAUAUCGCAAAACUGAGGGACACAGGGAUUCUGCAUGAUUUGGAACUAAAAUGGUUUGCCAACAUAGAAUCUCAUUGUGAACUUGCAAGUCAACAAACAACAAUUGGUGAUGGUGGACAGCUUGAUUUAAAAGCCUUUAUUGGUAUGUAUGUGUUCCUUGCUCUUGGUCUCACUGGUGGAGUCGUUAUUUGUUUGUUCGAAACAUUAUCAGUGAAAUACGGGGGGUUGCGUGGGAUUUUUGGAAAAGCUAAGUUUUAUGAGUUUAGGAAAGACCACCAUGGGUUCCAGAAACCUGGUCGGAUUAUGGACGAUGAAUUCGUUGCUUGGCCUGGUGGGUGGGAUGUAUUGAAACAUAAACCUUUCAUAUCUCAACAACAACUUGGAAGUGGUGAAAUUCCAGUUAAUACUUCAAACUACAAUAAUUUGAGCAAAAUUACUAAAGCUGCCACCACGUGUUGCCCUGAGUGCGGCCAGGAAGAGGAAAAUCUUCACCAAAUAAUCAAGAAACGGAAGCAAAGUUCAGUUGAAACUACAAAGAAAACAAUCUUUGUAAACACAGUUGAUGACACAAUAUCAUUGGAGACGGGAUAUCGAUCUAACUCAGCUCUUUCACAUGCAUGAACAUCGUAUCCUUAUGUAACUUCAAUACUCUUAUAAUACAUUACAUAUAUAUCUA